AUGGGUCAAGGCUUUCCAAUCCCGGACCUGACAGCAGAGACGGUGACCCAGACACUGGUGGAGCAGGUCAUCACCCAUUUCGGCACACCGUUGGAGAUCCACACUGACCAGGGACGGGAGUUCGAGGCUGGCUUUUUCCAGGGGGUCCGCCAGCUCCUUGGCAUCCAGAAGACGCGGACAAUGCCAUUCCAUCCCCAGUCAGAUGGAAUGGUGGAAUGCUUCAACCGGACAGUUAAGACCAUACUGAGCAUGUUCGUGGAUGAGAACCAGAAAAACUGGGAUAAACACCUUCCUUAUGUCACGAUGGCGUACCGUUCCUCCCAGCACGACAGCACCCUGAACAUGCUCAUGCUUGGCCGUGAAGUGGGGCUUCCAUUGGACGUGGUGGUGGGCUCACCGGAAGGACAGCCGGAGGCCCUGGAGGUCCAUGAGUAUGUGGACGGACUAAGGAUGAGGAUCGAGCGUUCCCAUGAGUUCGCCCGGCGCCAUCUCCAGCGCAUUCAACGGUAUCAGAAGUGGCAAUAUGAUCGGAGGGCUCAGGGAGCUGGCUUCGAGCCCGAGCAGGCCGCCUGGCUCUACAAUCCAGCCAAGAAGGUGGGCCGAGCGCCGAAGCUGCAGCGCUACUGGAAAGGGCCAUUCGCGGUACUGGACUGCAUUGACGUCACCUACAUGAUCCAGAAGUCAACCCGAGCCAAACCCCCUAUCGUGCAUUACUGGUUGAAGACCUACCUCGGCGUAGUCGACCUGGGAUGGUGGAGACGUGCAAGCGCGUGGUAUCCAGCAAUCGAGGAGAACGGGGAGCUGCGGCCAACCGGGCCCACCCCGUGCUCUACCUCACAAUCGACAGAGCCCACGCCCAAAGCAUCCAAGAAGGUCGGGAAGCCGUGGCCACUCGGGUCCGCCCCCGGCCUGCCUCACAGUUGGCGGAGGAGGCACCAAAAGCACCUGGGGAGAUCAGGGAGCCGCGGCCCUUUGGUCCUGGUCCCCCUCGCAGACUGA